GCAAGAUGAAGAACAAUUUUAAAGUGUGAAGGGAAGUGUGUUGAUAUAGACAAGAGAGAAGCAUUGAGAAUUAUAAAAGAAAGAUGAAGAGAAGAAACCUAUAGAAGAGAAAGAACUCAAAACUCACAAAAUUCCUCAACACACUUCACCACCUCCAUUCUAUGGGCAUAACAUACUGUGACCUUAAACUGAAAAAUGUCCUCAUCCAAAGUGGCUUCAAUGGAGAUGCGCUGUGGUUCCGGUUGCUCGCACAAAGUUGCUCCGGUCUGCUUUUCGGAACUCGUAGUGUUUGCGUUGUUGCAGGUGUUGCUCCUUGAUGUUGUGAUUUCAAAAAGGUGUUGCUCCUUGAUGUUGUGAUUUCAAAAAGGAGGUGCUCCUUGAUGUUGCGAUUUCAAAAGUUGAAGGGUUUGAGUUUAGGUUACCACUUGAUUUCUAAUAGUUAAAGAAGAGGAAAGAAAAGAAGACACAAAAAUGGAGUUUUGGGACCUUUUCCUUGUUGCAUUAAUGCCAGUUUUAAAAGUGUUGCUAAUUACUGCAUUGGGAACAAUCCUUGCAAUUGAUCGCUUUAACAUACUCGGAGAAACUGCCAGGAAAAAUCUCAAUACUAUGGUAUAUUUUGUCUUUUCUCCAACUCUAGUUUGUAGCAGCUUAGCUGAAACAAUAACUCUAAGAAGUGUGGUUAGACUGUGGUUCAUGCCUGUCAAUAUUCUUCUCACAUUUGUUAUUGGAACAGUUCUUGGAUUGUUGGUUGUUAAACUAACUAGAGUUCCUAAUCAUCUGCAAGGCCUUGUCUUAGGAUGUUGUGCAGCAGGAAAUCUGGGAAAUUUGCCAAUAAUUAUAGUUCCUGCAGUGUGUAAACAAAGUGGCAAUCCUUUUGGAGAUGUGAAUGUUUGCACCAAAAAUGCAUUAGCAUAUGCUUCUCUAUCAAUGGCGUUAGGAUCAGUUUACAUCUGGUCUUAUGCAUACAACCUUGUUCGAUUAUAUGCACCAAAAAUUUGCAACGAAGCCAAAAUUGCAGAAAAUUCCAUGGAGAAUCCAAUGUCCAUAACAAAAACUGAUGCAGAGAACCCUUCAACAUGUUCCACAGGAUUACCUUUUGGCAUUGUUGUUGGUGAUAAAUCACAAUCUCAAGAUCAUGUCAAGAACUUUGAAAUCCACUCUACAAACUCUGAUCAUGGAAAAACAGGGGAGGCACAAAAAGGGGAAAUGAUCAUGAAACAACUGAAAACAUUGGUAAAAAAAAUCAACCUGAAGAUUCUAUUCACACCCUCCACAAUUGGGGCUAUUGUUGGUUUAAUAAUUGGUGUAGUUCCUCAAUUUCGAAAACUUCUGAUUGGAGAUAAAGCUUCUCUCCGUGCGGUUGAGGACUCUGUAAUAAUGGUGGGGUAUGCAUGCAUUCCAGUAAUGACUUUGUUGGUUGGAGCAAAUCUUAUGAAAGGUUUGAAUGAAUUUGGAAAGCAAUUUGCAGCGAUUGUUGGAAUCACUAUGAUGAGAUGUAUUGUCUUGCCAGGAAUUGGUGUAGGCAUAGUUAAAGGAGCUAUUCGUUUAGGGUUGAUUCGUCCUGAUCCAUUGUAUGAGUUUCUUCUGCUCCUUCAGUUUGCACUUCCUCCUGCAGUAUCACUCAGUACAAUCACUCAAUUAUUUGGAGCUGGUGAGGGUGAAUGCUCAGUAAUAAUGUUAGCAACUUAUUCUUGUGCUGCAGUUUCAGUAACACUUUGGUCUACAUUUUAUAUGUGGCUUGUACUAUAGUUUUUUUUUUUCUGUAAAAUAAGAUGUGUUUUGAAGCUU